AUGGCCCCAUCCCCUUCUGUCACGAUGAAUCCUGUGCAGGGGUCGCCGUCCCAGGACGUCAAACAACUUCAUCAGAAAGAGGAGACGGAUACAGAGGGCGAGGACAACCAGCCCAAAGACAUGACCACUGAGAAAGGAUACAAACCUCAGCGGACCAGCCUCCCGUUUAGCGUAGAGUCGCUGAUUUCCAAGAAGACCACCUGUCGGACUUCUUAUCCCCCCUCAGACUUAGCUCAGGCCCUGCCGAAGCCCGUGGUUGGGCAAGGCGUGCAGUUCUCUCCAAGGACUCUUUACGCGGAAAGCAAGGUUUCCGCGAAGGGCUCACCGGGUGUUUCCAGCAAUUCCAGUGAGGACAGCCCGCAGUUUUGUGAGAAAGAGCAGAGCACUUGGUACCAGACGUCCUCCUUUUCUACUCCGCCUCGGAGCACAAGUCCACCUCAGUGUCCUUUAAGGAAACACAAAAACAACAGGAAACCUCGCACUCCCUUCACUACCUCCCAGCUGCUGGCGCUGGAGCGCAAGUUUCGCCAGAAGCAGUACCUCUCCAUCGCCGAGAGAGCCGAGUUCUCCAACUCUCUCAACCUGACGGAGACUCAGGUCAAAAUUUGGUUUCAGAACAGGAGGGCCAAAGCCAAGAGACUGCAGGAGGCCGAGCUGGAAAAGUAUAAACUGGCCUCCAAGCCCAUGCUGCCCGCCUUCGCUCUGCCUCUCCCCCUCGGAGCGCACAUGGGCUCUCCAACGUGGUGUCCGUCAAACGCCUUCGCGAGGCCCAGCAUGCCGAUCCCAGGACUGUUCGGCGGACCCGUCACUUAUGGGAUGUACUAUUUAUCUUAG